AUGCUUUGCAGGCCUCGAAAUGCCGCUGUUUUCGCUGUUCAUGUUUUCAAAGCUUCUUCAAGAUUUCUUCAUUCCUCUUCUCCCCAAACUCACCCCAAUUUCCCAAUCCCACGCAGCAAUUCACCCCCUUCUCAUGUCGUUAACCCUUCCUCUCUUCUCUCUGAUCUUGUCUCUUGCGCCCACAGCGACAUGGCUGGCGUUUUUGCUCUCCACAAGCGAGAAUUAACCUCCAACCUCGUUUUUGGCGCUUUGAGGGGCUACAAGCAACUGGGUAGGGCCAAAACCUUGAAAUUUUUCUCCUUGGCCGGGUCCCACAUGGGGUUUCACUUUGAUGAUUCAGUGGUUGAGUACAUGGCCGAUUUCUUGGGGAGAAGAAAGCUCUUUGACGACAUCAAAUGCUUGCUGACCACAGUGGCGUUUCACAAGGGUGGAGUGUCGCAUAAGGCAUUGGCCAUUUGCAUCAGGUUUUUGGGGAGACAAGGAAGAAUCAAGGAAGCACUGUCACUGUUUGAGGAUAUGGAGACUGUGUUCAAGUGUAAGCCUGAUAACCUUGUGUGCAACAACAUGCUUUAUGUUCUCUGCAAGAGGGAAUCAUCUCUGGAGAUGAUUCAGCUUGCACAUUCAAUCUUUCACAAGAUUGAAACCCCUGAUACUUACUCCUGCAGUAACAUGAUUGUUGGGUUUUGUAAGUUUGGUAGAGUAGAGUCAGCCCUUGAGAUUUUCAAUCAAAUGGAGAAGAUUGGAGUGCUCCCUACUCGAUCUGCUGUUAAUAUGCUUAUUGGGGAGCUGUGUUUGACGAGUGCAAAAGAAGGAUCUGUUGAGAAGGUGAGAGUGAAGAACACUCGGAGACCAUAUACUAUAUUAGUUCCUAACGUGGGAGGAAACAGUGAUGCAAUGCAGCCUGCAGUUCAAGUGUUUUGGGCAGCUUCUAAGGCUGGAUUAUUGCCUAGUUCUUUUGUUGUGGUUAAGGUUAUGUGUGAGCUUUGUCGUUUGGGUAACACAGAAGAAGCUGGUAGAGUUUUGAGGAUUGUUGAGGAAAGAAAACUGAGGUGUGUUCAUGAGGGUUACUCUGUUGUUAUAAAGGCAUUGUGUGAAUGUCACAAAGUGAAGGAAGCUAGUGAUUUGUUUGGGAGGAUGUUGAGCCUUGGCUUAAAGCCAAAGUUGGUUGUUUAUAACUCUGUUAUACUUAUGCUGUGUAAAUUGGGAAAGUUAAAGGAUGCUACCAGGGUUUUUGAAAUCAUGAACAAGAACAGGUGUCUUCCUGAUGAUUUAACCUACACUGCUCUGAUCCAUGGUCAUGGUGAGGGUAAGAACCGGAAAGUUGCUUAUGAUUUGCUGAUUGAAAUGUUGGGUUUGGGAUUGCUUCCAAAUUUUGACACAUACAAUUUAGUAGAGAGUCUUUUGAGAGAACAUGGUAGGUUGGAUCUGUGUGUUAAAUUGGAUAGAAAAUUGGAGAACCAGAAGUUGCAGAAGUUGUGCAGAGGAGGUGAACUAGAUGCUGCUUAUGAGAAAGUGAAAUCAAUGCUGGAAAAGGGUAUUCCUUUAUCAGUUUAUGCUAGAGACAUUUUUGAACAGGUGUUUCAGAAGUGUGGCAAGCUAAAAAUAGCACGUCAGUUACUGGAGAAUACUAAAAGAUUUCAGAAGGCUGAGGAGAUUGACAAAACAUGAAUAUUUAGAGCAACAAAAUUCAAAUCUGUUACUGUUGGAAGUUGGAAGAAUUUAGGUUUUAUAAUGAUACUUAUAUUUUACCAUAACUUUUUCCCUCAAUCUUAGUUUCAGUUUGUAUUGUAUCUUCUAAAAGUCUUGCAUUGCCUAGCAAAAUCUUCCAAGUUUAUCACUGUAAAUUGAAUAAAAGAAAAGAAAGGGUUUUUGAUCUUCAAUUUUUUCACUUAUAGACCAAUCCUCAAUAUCAA